GUAGCCAUUCUGGCGCAACGUUAAGUAAAACGCUAGAAUGCCUCGUAAGUUUUAUUGCAAAAUGAGUGAAUUUGCAAUCGGAUUUUGUCACAGCAAAAAAAUGUAUAAUGUGACAAUUUUUUUUUGUGAUCGGACCAAUGUGCGAUCAAAAUUACUUUCGCUCGGACAUUUGCCAAAUUUAGUCACGGACAUUGUCCGAUGUCCCACAGUAAUUUGCAGCCCUGCAUGUAUGUUACUUCAGCUGGAGUUCCUAUCGAAGUAUUCAGUGAUCACAACCACUGGGUUUCAUCCACCGAAUGAAGGACAAGAAUCAAUGUUUGUUGCGAUGGAGCUUGAUCUUAUCGGAAUACAACAUGAACAUACAACACAUAAAAGGACAAGACAACGUGAUCGCUGAUUGUCUUUCAAGACCAUGAACACGCUACGAACACGCUACAUUGAAAAGAAAGUUAAGAAACUUCAUUUCUUUCAAGGGGGAGGGUGUUACAUGAUAAUGCUUAUCAUGUAAUUUUGCAUAUAUCAAAUAUUAUACUAUACUUAUUCAUAUUAAAUAGCUUACAUGCAUGAGUAAGCAAAUAGUUUUAAAAAUUACGAUGUCCCACAACUAACGUUGCGGACAUGACUCGGUUUGGCGUUGGCCGAUUUGUGGUUACUGAAACUUGCUUUAACGAACUGUAUUGCGUAGGGGAAAUGUGUCGUAGUUUUGUAGUUUCUUCCCCUAGAAGAACGUAUAUAUAAAAGCCUGAGCACAGCUAGACAAUUGAUGCAUUAUUCAUAAGGCAAAAUCCUGAAUAACAUCGCCGUGAAGAUAUAGAAACUAUAAGUGAAAGAAAGAAUUAAAACUGGAUUAUACAAAGGUGGAGAUAUUAAAGAUAAAGAAUUGUCAGGAAUUGAAGAGUUGUGCUCAGUCGUGAAAAGAGAUAAGUUUGAACAGAUUUAAGAAUUAUAUUAUAUAUAUUAGGGAAAGUUAUAGAGACGCUAAUUAUUAAGUAAUAUAUAAGACUAUAAGUAAAGAAAUAAAAAAAUAUCAUUGAAAGUAAUUGGUUUCACAAUCUUUGUUGCGGGCAAAUAGAACCAAAAGCGCGGCCAAAUAAAUUAGUAAGGGCCGGCUCGUAACACAUGUCAAACUUAAAUAUAACAAAGUUAUAAUUAUGGACGACGAUUUGGAGGCAAUAGUGUCUAUUCCAGAAGAAUUAGAAGACGAAUUUAGUUCGAGCAACAUUGGCGAGGAGUUAGCGCUUGUUCAGGAUGAUGAAAGCUUUGAAGAUCGCUUUAGUAUAAUUUUUGUCAAGAGUAUUCCGUCUGACAAAUUAUGCAAUGACGCUCUUGAUUCACCAUUGCUAAAAUCGCUCUGGGAAAAUAUAAUACAGAACUGUGGUCAGAAAACUUCAAAACAAACACAAAAACUUUGCUUGGAAAACAUAAUAAUACUUUAUUUGAGAGUUUGUAGUUUCUCACAGCUUCUAUAUAAGCAAGUUUAAGGUUCAGCAAAAAGCAGCAAAGAGAAAUCUCUAAGGAAAGAACUAAAAAGGAAAAGUGAGGAAAAUAAGUAACAUGGUACAUAAUGUACUUUUGUAAACUUAUUAUGAUAUAUUAAAGAAAUUGUAUCCUGUAAUCUUGCCUCUUUUUUGGGGAAUUCUUAAUUUCCUUGUAGUUUUAAUUAAAUUGAACUUCAUUGUUUAUAAUAAGAUGGAAGUACGUAAGGACUGUUUUGCCAAAUGUCACACAUAUUACCAUACAUUAUGGAAAACGUAUGAUUGCGAUAUGGACAGCCCAUGGAAGGCCGACAAAGAGCAAACUGCUUUCACACCUUUGCCAAAUAGAAAAAGGAGUCUGAUUAGAAAUGGCUCACUAUUUGUUGGGACACUUCUUGGAAAUGCAAUUGCUCAAUUUUGCUCAAUUUUGUUCAAUCUAACUCUUUAUCCCGUGCCCAGUUCCCCCAUCCAAUCUAAAACCUCAAGGCUAACAACAAAAUCAAGAAGCCCAACCAAAGUCCUGUUGAGACAUUGAUAAAUUUUUAAUAAAGUCAAUUUUUAAUAACUUCUGAGAUUAUUUCGGAUUAUUUAUCUGGAAGAGGAAUUUCCCCGACUUUACUACGAGUUUUCCCCAGUCGACAUAAAGGAACAAUCUCCGCUAAAGUUAAUGUACGCGUUGCUCAUGUCGAAACCAUUACCAGAGAUAACUUUUGGCCCAAAUUUGUUGUAUGCAAACCUUGGAUAUCAAAAGACAAAUUUCAUCUGAAAAAGAACAAUGUCGGGAACUAUGAACAACACUAGCAACAACAAGAAAAUAUUUCUUUAAAAAAAGAAAUAAUGUUUCGUUCCAAUAUAAUUAUAGAAAUACCAGACGUCUGUAAUCACUUGUAUAUGUCCGGAGGGUCUAAACUGCAGGUUGCAGGCCGGUCUAAACUGCAGGUUAGUGCAGGUUAAUGCAGGUCAGUGCAGGUUAAUGCAGGCCGGGUAAUGGUUCAUGUACUUUAGUCUGUGUUGCCCAGUCGGUUUGACAACUGGCUUAACAUUACAUGGGGCCAAAAAAUCACGUUCAAAGUAAGAAAAUAACAUCCUGGUAUCGACGAUAACCGACGUUAAUAAAGUAAUCUACAAACAGGCCGCAAUUUUUUAAACUUUGCAUAUAACCUAAGGCCUUGAUACACUAGGGAAAGUUUCCUAAACAAAGUUUCUGAAACAUUUUUUUAGGUGGAAAAACUGCAAGAAUUUGGACUCCAAGGAGAUUCAUGCUCAAAAAGUGAAAAAUCUUCCCAGUCAUUCAAAAUAAAACAAAAGGUUUAAGAUUUUUUAUGAUACGAAUGAAACUUGUUUCAUAAAAGUUUGUUUCGGAGACUUUUCCUAGACAUAGUGUAUCAUCAGACUUGCUCCAAGUCUCUCUUUCAUUGUCAUAUCGAUCCACUAUAGUGUACAUUACAUGACGUAGUACGGAGGGGCGGAGCGUGAAAGAGAGACUUGUCAACUUCGGAAAAUCUCGGUUCAAAACUGAACUGAAGGACUUGCUUUAAUUGUUUUCUGUCAGUGUUUAUAUGUAUUGAUCUAGCACAGUGUAAAUAACAUGAGUUCCAUUAUAGUAAAUAAUACAGAAAGAAAUUGAAGGAAAUUAGAAAAACAAUAGUUGUCAAACCGACUGGGCAACACAGGCUAAAGUACAUGAACCAUUACCCGGCCUGCAUCAACCUGCACUGACCUGCAUUAACGUGCACUGACCUGCAUUAACCUGCACUGACCUGCAUUAACCUGCACUGACCUGCAUUAACGUGCACUGACCUGCAUUGACCUGCAAGCUGCAGUUUAGACCAACCUGCACCGACCUGCAACCUGAAUUAACCUGCAACUUGCAGUUUAGACCCUCCGGUAUACGUCGAGCAAUGAAAUUGGUUCAUUUUGUGAGGCGGGCGGGUUCUGGUAAUUUUUGCACGUAUUAGUAUAAAUUUUCAUUACCUGGAGGGGCCGAGCGGUCCAGAAAUACAGUAGUAGUAUUUAAAAUGAAGAAAAACAAAGAAAACUAUAUAAUAAAUAUAUACCGCUGUUGGCGCUUGAAUACUUCAAAUAUAAAACAUCGUGCCUGUAGAUUUAAACUGAAGUUCAGGCCCUAAGAUUUUGAUUGGUUACAAGUUCACAUAAACAACAGUUUUAAAAAUAGCUCGGUCAAGGCAUAGAAUAAGGUCAAGGGCUCAAGGGGACAAUAAUAAUAUAAAGGUCAAACGCACGUAACAAAUCCAUUAUCGAUUUCUUCGAAUUUCUUUUCUUUUAUGCUUUAUGGCAGAAAAUAAAUCAAACAAAUAGUAUUUUGAAAGGUCUUUAUCAAAAUCUUUGACGAAUUUUGGACACACGACGCCGAAAGAACAGCCAAACUAUUCAUCUAUUCGAAAGUUUGUUGUUGACAGCCAAGAUGUUCUGCCAACUGGCUUCGCCGGCAAAAGUCUUAUUUUUAAUAUCAGGUCCUACCGGCGUUGUUUUCUGAGCUACAUCGCCUUCUUCGUGGUACGAUUGAGAAUUUUAUUGUUGCUGUUGUUAGAACGUUAGAGUAUAUCCCUGGUAUAUCCGCGUCCAGCAAGUUGAGACCUUGAGAAAGCUUGGCAGUCAAGCCGUGCACAGAACUGACUAAUUGAAUCUUUGUUUGCUGUUCGGUUAAAUAGAGAAACUGACUCUUAAUUAUAUAAAAGUACCUUAAAUUUUUAAGUUUAAUUAAAAAGCAAAAUGCACACUCUGCGGACAUGUUCAUGAGAAUAUAAAUUUUUUGUGUGACGAAAUCUAUAACACUUGUCAAUCAUAUUGCAUGCUGUAUCUAAAAAUAACAUGUGAGCGUCCCACGGUCUAGACAGGUUUUGUGUCAGGCCCUAUUUAAAAUUAGGGCCGGAACUUCAGGUUAAGUUAGCAUGUUCUCAUAGGUUGAUAUAUAAUUAACUAAGAUUUCCGAUUAUACGCCACGCCUCCAAAAAACUUCUUAUGCUAGGAGCGGUCAUCUCAUUGGACGAUUCUAAAUGUAAUUGACGUUUGAGCAAGAAUACUGGCAAAGGGUUGGAUAACUUUGAUCUCUGACGUCACUUUCCUGUGAUAUUGCUCGAAACCAAAUACAGUACCGUUUCGUUCCUGCUGGGAAGAGAUGAAAUUGAACCUGAUGCCGAGAUUCUUGUUUGUGACUAAUUAUUGCCAAAAGAUGCAAAGCAACUAACUAUUUGUGUAUGUUAUCGGCCUCCAGACUAUGACGACUUUAUUGAACCGUUUGCCUCUUUAUUGGCCAAGUUUAAUCCUGAUGAUAUCUCUCGUCUAUAUAUCCUUGGUGAUUUUAAUUUCCCUUAUAUUAACUGGGGUACAGUUUCUGAUACACAAGACUCUGGAAGUGUGGAAGUGCAAAUUAUUUUUGUGAUUUGCUAAACAACUACUUUUUAACCAAAGUAGUGAAUGCAUCAACUAGAUAUUCUGGUCAAUAAAAUAACGUGGGGUCUAUUCAGGAUUUAAUUUUAUGCAAUUUCCCUGAUAAUGUACAGUAUCAGAACUGAGAAUUGAGUCGGAUAUUUUUUAGUCCGAUCAUUUGGUUGUUAAUUUUUGUAUUGAAGCUAAAGUCUAGCGUCAAAAAUAAACAAAACGUACUUUAUAAUUUUCAUAAUGCAGAUUGUUAUGGCACGAGGCAAUCUUUGCGCUUCAUUGAUUGGGACAACGUAUUGCUGGAAAACGAAGAUGUUAACGAAAGUUGUCAAAAAUGACAACAAGUGUUUAGAAAAAUUGCUGGUCAAUAUGUAGCAAAGGUACGCGUUCGCGACAUCCACCAGCCGCCUUGGGUAGACAGAGAAAUCGUUCAUUUAUUGCGUAAGAAGAAUAAUCUUAGGCGCAAGGCUAACGUUGUUUCUCAUCAUGAGAUUUCAGCGAGUGAGCCACGUUUUAAGGCGAAUUUAUUUAAUAAUUAUUCUCAAUCCGUAUUUAAUGCCCCAGUUGCUGGUGAAUCUGUUGUACCUCUGCCUACUCUGAACUAUACCACACAUGGUGUAUUAUCUGAUAUUGUCAUUUAGAGGGAUUUCGUGAGCAAAGCUCUUCGGUAUCUUGACGUAAACAAGGCUAGCUUUGGUAUCCCUUCACGGCUUCUUAAAGAAUGCUCUGAAGAAAUUACUGUACCUGUAACUACUUUAUUCAUCAAGACACUUGGUACUGGUGUGUUUACAAAUCAGUGGAAAGAUGCUAAUCUUGUCCCGAUACAUAAGGCUGAACGAAAGUCAAUUGUCUCUAAUUAUAAAGGAAUUUCAUUGCUUGAUCAACUGUCAAAAAUCCUUGAAAAAGGUGUUUUUGGUAGAUUGUUUGACUUUGUUUCACCAAAGCUAACCACUUGGCAACAUGGCUUCUUUCCUGGCCGUUCCACCGUUACCCAGCUACUUCAAGUAGUUCAUUUACUUUCUAGCGCCCUUGACAAAAAGCAACAGGUUGACUUAGUUUAUUUGGAUUUUUCGAAGGGGUUUGAUAGAGUGCCACAUGAUAAAUUUCUCCCCAAGCUCGGAACUAUCUAA